UGUGGAUCUCCGUCUUGCCGCAUCAUGCAGCUCCUCCUCUCCCUCCUCGGAUGCCUGCUGCUCAGCGGCGGUUUCGCCUUCCUCCCCCCCGCUCCCCAGCAGGUCAGUCAACACACAGGGACGUAGAUCUGGCUGCAGGCAUGGAUGUGGGAAUGCAUUCAUCUCAUGUGGUGCUGUCUGCAGGUGGUGGGCCGUCUGCAGGACCUGAGGGUGAGGGCGCAGAGGCACCAACGGCCCCACAUGCAGGCCAAGCAGGACUUCCUCGAGGCGUCCCCCUACUAUGACGUGUCCAACAUCCCCGUCAACACCUACGGCAAAAAGGCACCCUGCAUCGGCAAGGUCGUGAGCGUCAAGAGGAUUGUGGGCGAAAAGGCCACCGGAGAGACCUGUCACAUCAUCAUCGACCAUGACGGCAAGAUGCCCUACUGGGAGGGACAGUCCUACGGCGUCAUCCCGCCAGGUCAGGCAGAGCAGGGACGGAACACACAGGCACGGCACGUACACCUGACCUGGGAAGGGUGCACUGCACUCUCAUGUCGAUGUAUGUCUGUCUUGUUGCUUGCCUUGCCUUGCCUUGCCUUGCAGGCAUCAACCCCAAGAACGGCAAGCCUCAGGGCGUCCGGCUGUACUCGAUCGCGUCCACACGCUACGGCGACGACAUGACUGGCAACACGGCCUCUCUGUGCGUGAGGCGGGCCGUCUACAAUGACCCCGAGACGGGCGAGGAGGUGCCUGAGAAGAAGGGCGUGUGCUCCAACUACCUGUGUGACGCGCAGCCCGGUGACGAACUCAAGCUGACCGGCCCGGCGGGCAAGGUGAUGCUCAUGCCUGAGGACAAACCUGCUGCGGACCUCAUCAUGGUCGCCACCGGCACCGGCAUCGCGCCGUACAGGUGAGCGACACCACACACAGCCCCUUCGUCCAUCGCCCCUUCGUCCAUUUAUCCAUUCAUCUUGCUUCUCUCUCUCUCUCUCUCUCUCUCUCCCUGUCUCCCUGUGUGUGCACGUGUGACUGCAGAGGGUUCCUGCGCCGCCUGUUUGUGGAGCAGACGCCUGCCCGCGACGCUUUCAAGGGCCUGGCGUGGCUGUUCCUGGGGGUGGCCAACAGCGACAGUCUGCUGUACGACGAGGAGUGGCAGUCGAUCCUGAAGGAGCACCCUGACAAGUUCCGGCUGGACUACGCGCUGUCCCGUGAGCAGAACAACAAGAAGGGCGGCAAGAUGUACAUCCAGGACAAGAUGGAGGAGUACGCCGAGGAGAUCUUUGACAGGAUGGACAAGGGCGCACACAUGUACUUCUGCGGGCUCAAGGGCAUGAUGCCGGGGAUAUUGGAGAUGCUCAAGGGCGUGGCUGAGAGCAAGGGCAAGACCUGGGAGGACGUCCUCAAGAGCUGGAAGGAGAACAAGCAGUGGCACGUCGAGGUCUACUGAGCGAGCGAGCGAGCAUCCCUCCCAACACUGACUGACCCUCCCUCCCUCCCUCUGUUCGUGUGACUGAAUGGGUGUGUGGGUGCAUUGCAUGCGUAUUGCAUCGCACUGAUGACAGGGGACAUACGUGUUGUCAUGGAUGGAGGAUGGAGGAGGGUUUUUUGAUGUGCGUGUCCCGCCAUGCCCUGCCUUCCCCACCCUUUGCUGUCUCAUCUCACCUUGCCUGUCCAGUCCAUUCGUGCGCCCUGUCCGUGCGUGUCUGUGUGUGUGUGAGAGGGAUUGGGACUCGAGUCAGUAGGGUGGCUGAUGGAUUUGUUUUCUCCCAGCUCAAGUGUCUCGGCCUCCGCCAUGUCCAAGGGCCAUGCUGAGAUGGAAGUGUGGCCUUUUGACAUGGCGCGUGCGGGCAAUGGCACUCAAGUCUGGGAGAAGCACCAGAUACCACACCACACCACACCACCUGUCAGUCUGUUAUCUGUAUGUGCAUGUGUAUGGUAUGCACGUGGUGAUGGGUCCUGAUGCUUUGCCUGCAGUAUGUGCACUCGUGUUGUGGCCCAUGUGAUGACUGACUCCAAUGAGCCUCACCAUCGCUGCACGGACGCAGGGAACGCAUCAAGACACGCACCAUCCCCGUCAGAGCAUCGUAUCGGCCAAUCUCUCUCUCUCUCUCUGUUCGCUGCGUACAUACGUAACGUCCUUGCUGCACCCACAUCCGCACGCACACAUGGGAGGGCUGCAUGGAUUGUGAUUGACUGGCGGGCGGGCACAUGAGAACGGUG